CUCGAUGGGUUCCAGAUUUCUAUCACAUCAACUCAGCAAUGGAUUGUAUGUUUCAGGCCGGCCUGAGCCACCAAAAGAAAAGCCUCUAUCAAUGAGCUCCGCAGCCAUGCCAUAUACAGGAGGAGAUAUAAAAAAAUCAGGAGAGCUUGGAAAGAUGUUUGAUCUGCAUGUGGAGAAGUCCAGAAAAUCUGGACCUCUUAAUGUUCCUCUUAAGAGUACAUCUUUUGGAGGUGCUGCUUCCCAGUCAGGCCCUAUCAUGCCUAAUUCCUCUAGCCGGUCUAGCUAUUCUGGUUCACUCUCUUCUGCAGUUCCUGGUUCUGGUCCUUCUCUAGUAACUGGAGGCUCCAACAGACCGAAGUCUAAUUCUGGGCCACUUAAACAUGGGGAUGUUGUUAAGAAGUCAUCUGGUCCUCAAUCUGGAGGGGUCAUCCCAAUGGCUCGCCAGAAUUCUGGUCCGCUUCCACCAGUGCUUCCAGCUACAGGGCUUAUCACAUCUGGGCCAAUUUCAUCUGGGCCUCUUAACUCAUCAGGUGCGCCUCGAAAAUUAUCUGGCCCUCUGGAAUCUGCUGGAUCUAUGAAGCUGCAUAGCACCUUCAUUGUUCAUAACCAGGCUGUUACGAAGCUCAGCCAGGAUGAUGGCUAUUCGUUUAGUGGGAGCUUGCCCAAACUGUUCUUGUGGUGUGUGGGUUUGUUGUUCAUAAUGGGGUUUAUUGCUGGUGGCUUCAUUCUUGGUGCUGUUCACAAUGCUAUACUUCUCAUAGUUGUUCUAGUUAUAUUUGGAGUUGUUGCUGCACUUUGUAUUUGGAAUAUUUGUUAUGGAAGGCAAGCGAUGAUAGGAUUCAUUGCUCGUUAUCCUGAUGCCGAGCUGAGAACUGCAAAAGAUGGGCAAUACGUAAAAGUCUCUGGGGUUGUUACAUGUGGCAAUGUCCCUCUUGAGUCAUCAUUCCACAAGGUUCCUAGAUGUGUGUACACAUCUACUAGCUUAUAUGAAUACAGGGGCUUGGACUCGAAGACUGCCAAUUCCCAGCAUCAUCGUUUUACUUGGGGAUUGAGGUCAUUGGAGAGGAAUGUGGUCGACUUUUAUAUCUCUGAUUUCCAAUCUGGGUUAAGAGCUUUGGUAAAAACUGGUGAUGGUGCUAGGGUAACCCCAUAUGUUGAUGAGUCUAUUGUUAUUGACAUCAACUCAGAAAAGGACUUGUCUCCAGAAUAUCUCAGAUGGUUGCGGAAAAGGAACCUUUCUCACGGGGAUUGUGUGAUGCAGCUGAAAGAAGGCUACAUCAAAGAGGGCAGCACAGUUAGUGUGAUGGGGGUUGUCAAAAGGAAUGACAAUGUUCUGAUGAUAGUUCCACCUUCUGAGUCAUUUUCUACUGGAUGCCAGUGGGCUAAGUGUAUACUUCCAGCAAGCCUUGAAGGAAUUGUGUUGAGAUGUGAGAACACUUCGAAAAUUGAUGUGAUACCAGUUUAGCUUAUAAAGUACGUUGUGAUUAAAGAAAAGCUAAUUAUAUAUGUCAGGUCAACUCCAGAAUUUGUUUGUUGGUUGUUGGCAUUUGCAAUAUCCCAAAUGAUGUUGUAUGAUGGAUCUUUAGAGAUGGCGUUUACUAUUCUUGGGUUCGAUUGUAUAGCUUUAUGUGUCUUUCUUUUUUGUGAAUUAAGCUUGAAUAUUUUUGUAAGGAGGAUGGCUUGAUUACCUAAGCUGAGAUCUGC